UGUGCAGACAGAGGGCAGAGCUGUUCAGCGAGGCCGUAGAGGAGCUGUCUGGUCAGCUGCAGCCCCAGCGUGUGCCUUGGGAUCCCACUGCACUAUUUGUGGAGGUACAUGCUGUGCCAGAUAAUGCCACUCGAUAAAGGGGAGCGAUUUGUAUUGAUGUGACCCCCGUUUCCACCUGCGGACCAAGGCGCUCCCAUCUUUACUGGCAUCUGAUGUCACCAGUGUCGGCAUCCUCUUGCUCCCUCUGGUUCCUGCUUCCUUUUGCAGCUCCUCCAGGUGCACCUGUGGGUCUGUGCCUGCUGGCCGCAGCCUCUGCGGUGUUGGGCUAUGUCGUGGUGGCAGAGCAGGCACAGCUCUGCUGCUCCAACCGAAGGCCUUGUCAACACAUGGGUUUGUUUAAUAAGCCGAGAGGAGAAGGGAGUGGUUGCACGAUGUGAUCUAUCCACUGCCCUUUUUUACUGAGGGAAAACUACUGUGAGCUUCUCUUCCUCUGCCAUUCUGGCAGCAAUAUUGUAAUUUACGUGUACUUGUUCACCAAGGUAGAUUUUUUAGAUGCUUUUGUACCGACAAGAUGUGGGGGAAAAGAUUUAUUUCUCAAGCUGUGCAGCUUUUUUGGUUGACAUGCUUGAGGGCAGCAAUAAAUCCCUUUUCCUAGGGUCUUUUCCCUUGAUGUAGCCACUGUCCCUUGUACUAGUCUCUGGCCUGAGAUGUAGAGAGCUCUGCCUGAUGGAAGGAUGCUUCACCCUUCACUUCAGUGUUAACCAUGAUGCUUUCAUGUAACUUCUGAGCCCUUUGGUCCCUCCAGCAGGUCGCAUCCUGAGCCUCCUUGGAGAGGUUGGUUCCUCACUGAGCCCCUGUACUCAAAGCACCCCAGUCUUCACCAGAGGUAAGUGUGGGAGAGAGAGGAGCGGUGUUGCAACUGGUGCCUCCAGGUGGUUAAACUGGUGUUGGGCUUCAGGGGAGGAACAGCUGUGGCACAGCUGCUGGCGGGGUCACCUGUGCCAGAGCCUGGAGGACACGGGGUUUGUGUUUGAUCCUUGAGAAAUGGCAAGUCCGGCAGAGCCGCCGUCCCACCGGUGCUGGCUUCCAGCUGCCUCCCCCUAAAAUGAACCCAGCCAAGACUGAACGGCUGCACCGUGCAAUGCCGGGCUGUGAUAUUUUCUUGGCAAAGCCUCGUUUUUAUCAGAGCAUGGUUGUACCUUAAACUCGACCAUGGGGUUUCAUCCUCUUCAUAUCACAGAUCAUUGGAUGGUUUGGGUUGGAAGGGAUCUUAAAGACCAUCCAGUCCAAUAUCCCUGCCAUGGGCAGGGACACCUUCUAGUAGACCAGGUUGCUCAUCUCCCAUCUCUGAUUUACCCAGCCGCCCUGCUCCAGCACACUUACAGGACCUCUUGGUCCAGGCCACCUCCCAAUUAACUUAAGUGCCAUCCUCCACAUUAUGAAUAUCAGCAAGCAGAACCAGACCUCAGGAAACCCUUUUAAUACUUUGCUUGCAUUCAGAAGGAUGAUUUGAUAAUUAUUUUGAUCAUUUACCUCACUUGGGCUGUUAAAUCUUUCCUAGUCUAGACUCUGAAAUCCUUUCUGUUGUCUUGAGUUUCCUGUGGCAAGGUUCUAAUUUUGGUUAAACUGCCAGGAAAAUGCUCCCCAAACAUUUUCUGGGGGAUACCUGCUUCACAACACCCAGCUGCACCCCCCGCCCCCGACAGUGUGAAUCGCAGUGGCCAGGCUCUUCCUGCAGCGCCAAGUGAUGGACUGUGAUUUUUUUUUUUUUCUUUUCUUUUUUUUAAUGAAUCGGAUUUCGUUAUGAUUUGAGGGACACGUUUGCAAUGGGGAAACGUCCCCUCUAGAUGGCAGAAAUGACAGCAGGAAAGCACAAGGGGGCCCACGCUGCCGAGCGGCAAAACGCAAGAGGUGAAGGACACGGCGCUGGCUUCAGUCGGGGGUCUCCAGCCACCGCGUGGGACACAUACAGAGCUAUCACCAGAUGGAAAUGCCCAGCCACUGCCUGCUCAGCCCUCCUGCCAACGCCCUGGGAGCUGCGCCGCUGCUAUCCCCGAGCCCAGCCUCCAGCUGCCCCUCCAGGAGAGGACAGCAAGGUGACCACCACGUACCAGCUGCGGCUGCCUUACGCUGAGACACCAACCAGCACCACCAACACUGACAACAGGUAGGCCCCGUAAAACCACAGCUAAUAAACCUCACUAGGGCUAAUUGACCCUGGUGGGACCCAACCCAACCCAUGCCAGCACUCCUCGGUCAAGACAUUGCUUCUCCAGGGCUUCUUUUCUCUGGCUGUGCUGCUGCUUGAAAGCAAGUCAUGGGGAAGGCUGUGGCUGGUUGUGCUGCAGAGCUUUUCCCCCCUCAAACGUCUCCGGUUAUGCGGUGAAGACUUGCAGCCCAGGCGCACCUUUUUUUCCUGGCUGUGAAAGGAAAUUAAGAAAAAAAGGGAAAGAAAUCUUCGGCGUCCCGGGGAACAAUGGGUUUGCAGCGUUGGACUCGAGGAGCUCUCCUGUCUCAGGAAGCGUCCCCUGUGGAGGUCUCCACGUCACUGUCUCCCGCCUGGUGCAGCGGGAAGAGAGCUCGUCUGGAGGGGUUGGGAGGGCAGGAGAAGCAGCGGCUGGGGAGCUCUGCCCACGGCAGCAAGCAGGGACAGGGCGCUGCCUGUGCCUCUGCACACCCCGGCACGAAAGGAUGGGAUGUUUUUGCAAACGACUGAGCCCAACGCUUCUCCGUUCUAACUGAGUAGCCCUUAUGACCAACAUGAGCUGGAGCUUUCUAACCCGCCUGCUAGAAGAGAUUCACAAUCACUCCACCUUUGUGGGCAAGGUCUGGCUCACCGUGCUCAUCGUCUUCCGCAUUGUCUUGACAGCAGUUGGGGGAGAGUCCAUCUACUCCGAUGAGCAGAGCAAGUUCACCUGCAACACCAAGCAGCCCGGCUGCGACAACGUCUGUUACGAUGCCUUCGCACCGCUGUCACAUGUCAGGUUCUGGGUGUUCCAGAUCAUCAUGAUAUCCACCCCUUCGGUCAUGUACCUGGGCUAUGCCAUCCACAGGAUUGCUCGGUCAGCGGAGGAGGAGAAGAAGUUCAAGGGAUUCAAGAAGAAGAAGCAGUUUGCUUUGAACUGGCAGGCAGUGCGCAACAUGGAGGACCCGAUGGAGGCCGACGAAGAGGAGCCCAUGAUCUCUGAUGACGCAGCAGAACGUGAGAAAGCCAAAGCCAAGCCCAAGAGCAAAGAGCAACAAAAGCAUGAUGGGAGGAGGCGCAUCCAGCAAGAAGGACUGAUGAAAAUCUAUGUCUUCCAGCUACUUACCAGAGCUUCGUUUGAAGUUUGCUUUUUGAUAGGGCAGUAUUUACUCUACGGUUUUGAGGUAGAAGCUUAUUAUGUCUGCAACAGAGUCCCUUGCCCUCACACUGUGGACUGCUUUGUGUCCCGGCCAACAGAGAAGACCAUCUUCCUCCUGGUGAUGUACGUCGUGAGCUGCCUAUGCUUAUUGCUGAACAUGUGUGAGAUGUUUCACCUGGGGUUUGGGACCAUCCGAGAUGCUAUUCGCAACCGGAAAAUCAACAGCUUUAGGCAGCCCCCUUACAACUACGCCUACCCAAAGAACAUCUCCUGCCCUCCUGAGUACAACCUGGUAGUGAAAUCAGAGAAGUCCACCAAGAUCCCCAACAGUCUGAUGGCUCACGAGCAGAACUUGGCUAACGUUGCUCAGGAGCAGCAGUGCACCAGCCCAGACGAGAACCUCCCAACAGAUUUGUCCACCCUUCACAAACACUUGCGAGUGGCCCAGGAGCAGUUAGACAUAGCAUUUCAGAGCUACAGCAGCACCCAGGGCAACACACAACCCUCCCGAACCAGCAGUCCCGCCUCAGGAGGCACAGUGGUAGAGCAGAACAGGGCCAACACUGCCCAGGAGAAACAAGGUGCUAAACCCAAGGCCUGCUUGGAGAAAGGGAGCUCAAGCAGUAAAGAUGGAAAGACGUCUGUAUGGAUAUAACUUCGCCUAAAAGGAAAGAGGGCAGCAUAAGUGGGGUUUUUAUUUUGGUCUGUUUCUGGUUUUCAGUGUUAUCUUGCAUUCAUUUCACAGGGCACAGGCGCAAUUUUUAUGUGGAAGUCAGGAGAGAAAAUGAGUUUCAGAUCAAUUUAGUGCUGUCUUCCAGUCCAUUAACAAAAGACAUUGCUUUCCUGUUUCCAAUACAUUCUCCAGUUGGGAACCUCCAGUGAGCAACAGCAAACCCCCCGCAUCUCCCACCCCUUCAGUCACCACAAGAGCCCCCAACAGAGACUGGACAACAUGCUGCGAUGGGAAGCAGAGCUGCUGGUGGCUUAGGAGAGAAGUCAGGCUGACAGCAAGCAGCUCCCCUCCUGCAUGGCAAGGCUAGAGUGCUGUAGGUCAGGCAGUGCUUAAUUACUAAGUAUGCUUAAUCAAAAUUAAUUUCUGAUCCCUUGGUAAGAAAACUGACAUAUUGCAUGAACCUUCAUGACAUGCUUACAGGUGAUGUCCUGCCUGAAUCAUUAGAUGCUCUAGCAGGAAUGCCUGGAAAUGAAAGCAUCGUUUGAUGCUGCAAGCCCCGAGCUGGCACCCACAUCAGGUUACAGGGCAGAAACACAGCAGCUGUCUUACAUGGGGAGAUCUAAAAGCAUAGCACAGCGCUGAAGAUUUUUGUCUUUUCUUCCUCUGCUUCAAAACAAAAAGCAAAUAUGAUCAAAUGCUAGGCAGCAGGAACGAGGAGUGACAUUGUGUUGUACCAGUGCCUGUGUAGCACUUGCUACAGAUGGGAUGGGAAUCAGUGCAGUUACAGUGUUUUUAACAAACUGCUGCUUCGUGUCAUCAGAAAGUGCCUUUAUGCAACCAGGAAAACAAAAUCAUAAAGGGUUUCAACUUCUUUAUUUGUUGAAUAUUAGUAGAGUUUGGAAGAUCGGUGUUGGAAAAUUUGUUCUUCUGUUUCAUCAAACCCUUAUAAAUAGCAGCAGACGGCACAUCUAUGCCUAGUGUGUAUAUGAUGUGUGUGUGUACAUGUACGUAUAUAUAGACACAUAUGAACAUGUGUGUAUGAAUAUAGAGAGAUAUAUAUAAAUGUAAUAUCGAUCCUCUGGUAAUUUUACAGCUUUCCACCUCCCCUGGGGAAACCCGGCAACUACAGCUGACCUCAUCCUGGAGCAGUCUUUGGGCUUCCAGCCUCCAGCCUCACCUGGGGAACUGGCAGGUGUCACACACUUGCUCGGGGGGCUUAGCAGAUCUGGUUUCAGUGGGGACAGGACCAGAACAGUAGCAGGAAGUUUUUCACUAUUUUAUGGGGAGCUUUUUGAGCUCAGCUUUGUUUUAGGGUGAUUUUCAGACAGCUAGAGGAAUCUGGGGACAUGUUAAAACCAAGCUGCUUAGUUCCAAAGCUCCUGCUAGUGCUGAGGAUGUGCUUUGUCAGGGUGGUUACACCCUGUGUCUCUCAUACAGCUGCGGGGCUGUGGCUUUGUACCCCUCCAGUAACACAAAACAGAACGAAAUCCUUAUUACUGGGAGCACAGGGAGCAUCUCCUGAUGAACAGUAGAGGCUGAAACCAGUCACUGCCCCACUCUGACAUGUCUCAGAACAGGUCUCAUCCCCGAGAUGUUCCUAAGAUGCCUGUGCUUUGGCAGAUGCUCUCACAACUUCCCAAGAGUCCAUUAGUUGAUUCACCACCACGAAGGACCCAAAUAGGCAGAGCCUUCAAGAUCAAACCUAAGAUGAAAAAAGUAAAAUCCUCACUGAAAACAGCACCAUCUCUGCGCUGAGCUGUUCACUCAGGGCCAUGCCAGCCACUCAAAGUCACAUGCAGGUCCCUGUGUCAGUAUUUGUUAUCCAUGGGACCUAUGUGACUUCUUGCUGGGCAUCUUUCUCAUGUCCCCAGGGGGCUGGGCCCUUUGGUGAGUCUUGGGAACAGGCAGAGAACUUGAGUAUGGCCUUCAGCCCCUGGGAACCUCGACUGAGCUGUGCCAUGCCAUUAGAGAACAGUGUUGGCGGCAGUUUAAAAAGAAAGCAAAGAAACAUCCUACGAGGUAUUCAGGUGUAAAUAUUCAGUAUGGCUUUGCAUAACAGUUUGGAGAACACUGUUGGGCUUGUUCCUGGUCCUGCUGAAGGCAUUGGCAAAAUGCCUGGAGUGCUGCCUGCUCUCACCGCUACAGAUCUUCCCCUUGACAAAGGACAAUGGCAUCCAGGAGGAGCAUCAAUCCAUCCCACCACCACCCAUGGUGAGGAGUAACACACAUCUGUUGUGUGGAGGGAUGGCCUUUCCGCUGUGAAUUUUGAAUGAAAGCCUCAGAAAGUUCACACCACGGUGGCGAGGAGACAAACAUAUCCAGCUGCACCAUUGCCCCUUGUCCCACGGGCAGGAAUGUGCUCUCCUCCCAGGCUGGGCUGCACCAGGCAACACAGGAGGGGCUGAUUGCUGGCAGCGCUGCUACCACAAAGGUAAACGCACGCA